CUCCCUCAUCCGUAUCAAUUUUAUCAUCGGUUAUUCCAUUAUGUAUGUGAAUGUUAAGUGGCAACGCCAAUGUUCUAUUUUAUCAGUUAUUAUUUUUGACAUGAGCGCUGGUCUCUCUGCAUAUGGCUUGUCAUUGACAGCUGCUGUCAUUGGUCUUUGUCGUUUUGUUUAUCGGAAAAUUUUAUUAACAUUAUUAUAGACAAAUUUAUGAAAUAAAUUGUGCAUAAUGAAAAUGCAAAUGAAAGUGUUGUUAUUAUUUAUUGGUGGAGGCAUACUGCGUUAUCUAUUUUCUACCUCACGCAUUGCAAAACCAUUUAUUGAGCGUAACGAAAUUUCAACGCCUCUAAAUGCAUUUAAAAGAGUACAAGAAGGAAUUUACUUGCAUAAGAAUGGAAUUGAUCCAUAUACGGGCGAUAUAGUGCAUGAAACGCCGGUCGUUUUAUUGGCGCUAGGGAAUAUAGUCACAAAAGCACCUGAAUUGGUGCCACUUCUAUACAUAUUUUUAGAUUUAUUUACUGCAUUUAUACUGUAUAAUGCAAGUAAAAAUUAUAUACGCAAAAAAUAUUUGGAGCAAUUAGAGGAGGAAAGUAAAUAUGCUCCAGACGCUGAUGAAUUGAAGCUGCAUUUGCAGGAUGAAGAGUUAAUACCGUUUUACGUUUUACUUGCUUAUCUAUUCAAUCCAAUGUCCGUGCUGAGCUGUAGUGCGUUGACAUCAGCUGUAUUUAGUAACUUACUAUUGGCGUUGACAUUGUGGUGUUUGAACAAGCAUUUAUUUUUGCCUUGCUUAGUUUUACUGUCUUUGGAAACAAUGCGUAAUUUAUAUCCAAUAGUGCUGCUGUCACCGAUUAUAAUGGUAUUUGCUAACCGCUCGAAAUACAAGGCGAUUGGUAUUGUUCUACUUUUCGGCAUUUUCUUUUUUGGUGUUAUGUUACUGAAUUAUAGUAUAAUGAAGAGUUGGAACUUUCUUGAUGGUACACUCGGCUUUAUUUUCUUCUAUCGUGAUCUACAACCUAAUAUCGGACUUUUCUGGUAUUUCUUCACAGAAAUGUUUGAGCAUUUUCGUAUUAUGUUCCUCAUUACAUUCCAAAUGAAUGCUACCGUACUUUAUUUGAUUCCACUUACAAUGAAAAUGCGAAAAGAACCCUUUCUGCUAGCAACUAUUUUAAUUGCGCUAAUUUCUAUAUUUCGUUCAUAUCCAUGCCUUGGUGAUGUGGGUUUAUAUUUAGCGCUGUUACCACUCUGGCGAACUUGUUGGAAGUUUAUGGCCCAUAAGUUUUUAGUGUUUUGUAUGGUGUUGGUCACAUUGAGUUUGUUGCCGGCGCUUUGGUAUUUGUGGAUACACGCCGGGUCCGCAAAUGCAAACUUCUAUUUUGGCGUUACCUUGGCCUUAUCGUCUGGUCAGAUUUUCCUAAUAACCGAUUUGCUCUUCGCUUAUGUGAAACGGCAAUUUUGUUUAUACAACGGUCAGGAUGUGUACAUAGACGGAGUUGAGGCAAAUAUCAAAUUAGAAUAGAAUUAGUUUAGUAUGUUUUUAUACUCACUUCUAAAUAGCAUAUAUAAAUUAUUUUAUAUUGUUUCAAAAUGGAAAUGUGGAAAUGUUUUAGUAUUAUAUUGUACGUUACAAGACUUGCGUGAUUGUUCCGUGUCAUAAUGCAUAUUUGUUUUAGUAAAUAUUUUAAAUAAAACAAAUUGUAAUUUUUGUAUGAAAAAAUGU